AUGCCUCAGCUGGCUCGUCAGGCUCCCAUGCCUCAGGUGUCUCCAGAGGCUCGCAAGCCUCAGUUGGCUCGAACAGUCUUCCACGCCGUGCCUCAGGCGGCUCGUCACGCUCCCAUGUCUUGGCCGGCCUGUCAAGAUCGCCCAGUCCCUCAGCCCCCCAACCCUCAACUCCACAGCCCCUCAGACCCCCAACACUCAGACCCAAAGCCCUCAGACCCCCAAACCUCAACCUCACAGCCCCUCAGCCCCCCAACCCUCAGCACCAAAACCCCUCAGUCCCCCAACCCUCACCCUCAGCCCCAAAGCCCCUCAGACCCCCAACCCUCAACCCCACAGCCCCUCAGACCCCCAACCCUCAGCACCAAAACUCCUCAGACCCCCAAACCUCAACCUCAGUCCCAGAGCCCCUCAGACACCCAACCCUCAACCCCACAGCCCCUCAGACCCCCAGCCCUCACCCGUCAGCACCAAAACCCCUCAGACCACCAACCCUCAUUCCUCAGCACCACAACCCCUCAGACCCUCAUCCCUCAGCAUGACAGCACAACAGCACUACAGCCCCUCAGAACCCCAACCCUCAUCCCUCAGCAUCACAGCCCCUCAGACCCCAACCCUCAACCAUCAGUACCACAGCCCCACCGCCACACAGCCAUGGCUAACUUCUGA